AUGUCAAUCAAUUACCAAGAUCUGACACUUGCCCUCCAGAUAUACACUGUAGUAUUAUGCCUAAUAGGUCUUUUUGGCAACAUCAAUUUGAUUGUAGCCACGUGUCGUCACAAGUCUCUUCGUACUAAAAUGGGAUGUCUUAUUAUGAUCUCCACCAUUGCUCAUACAAUAUGCUUAGUUUCAGAAUUAGUUUGUGUCAAGUUAAAACUACGAUUCACACAAACCCAUCGCGACGAAUGCUUCCGUUCCGUCGUUGUUUACAUGUUCGCCGUUCUUUUCCAGUCUACUCUAUUUUUAAUGAUGGCAAUUGAUUUAUUCCUGGCUGUAAUUAUGCCUAUAAGACACAAAUUAUGGCGACGUGGUCCAUACUUGCUCGUUCUUUGCAUUCCUCCGUUGCUGUUUUCUUGUUUUGCUCUAUUCAUUGAAGAAAUCUACAUCAACCACGAUGAUCUGCUCAUCUGCACCGUGACACUUGCUGCCCCUCCAACUGUUCGAUUUUGGGGAACUCUAGUCACAUUCUCUACUAUCUUCCUGGCAGUCACUUUGAUUUUUAUUACAGCCUUCAAAGUGCAUGCCAAUGAACGAGAAUCGGCGCGACGAAUCCUUCGACACUCCAACAGUGUAACCAGCAAUACCAAAUGUUCCGAUGCCAAAUUACUCAAAUCGUUAUCAACACUAAUGUUCUUUUUCAUUUGUUCCUGGAGCUUAUCGAUUCUGUUAUCUCAUGUUUCGUUGUAUUUCGGAAAAACAGUUGCCUAUGAAAUACAAAAAUAUAAUAUUCUCCUCUCCCUUCCCACAUUCUGCCAAAACUUUUUCGUCACAGGUCUCAGGUCUCCACGAUACGCUAAAGCUUAUGCAGAGCAACUAUCAUUCCUUCCAUUUGUCAGUCAACGAGUAUCUCAAUUCAGACAAAAUUCAUCUGUGAAAUCUGCAUUUGUCUGA